UCGUAGUCGCGAAUUUGGCGCUGAGUCUGAAACUCGGAAACUCGUGAUCAAAUUCAAUGGAAAAACAGCUGGUUUAUCUUGUCAGAGAAUUAGUUGAUUUUUCCUUGUGUGCUGGAAGUUUGAUAAUAGUAUAAACCGGGAUUCUAAAUGUGAACCAAACUUUUCCUUUAAAUUUUAGAACCACAAGUUAAUUCUAGAAGUGGCGUUUGUGUAAAUUAUUACCAUAUUCGGUUUUAUUACGUUUGCUUGUGUAGUGCUAUACUAAAAAGUAUCAAAAUGGCUCAAACAGCAAUUAAUGGCGAAAACCACCCUUAUGCAAGUAAUCAUGAACAGAUGCACCAGCGUUGUUUGAAUCCGUACCGCUCAAAGGUAACAGUAGUCCUCGGAGCACAAUGGGGUGAUGAAGGUAAAGGCAAAGUGGUUGAUAUGCUUGCUACUGCGGCGGAUAUCGUUUGCCGGUGUCAGGGUGGCAACAAUGCAGGGCACACCGUGGUGGUUAAUGGAAAGGAUUUUGACUUUCACUUGCUUCCAAGCGGUAUCAUCAACGAGUCAUGCAAAUCCGUCAUAGGAAACGGUGUUGUUAUUCAUCUACCUGGUCUAUUUGAUGAAUUAGCAAAAAAUGAAGCAAAAGGCUUGACGAAUUGGCAAGAACGUCUCGUCAUAUCCAAUCGGGCUCAUUUGGUAUUCGAUUUACACCAGCAGGUCGAUGGGCUGCAGGAAGCCGAGAAAGGAGGUAAAUCACUUGGAACUACAAAAAAAGGUAUUGGUCCAUGCUAUUCUAGCAAGGCAACACGGAAUGGUAUUCGUGUUUCUGAUUUGUUGGGCGACUUCAAGGUUUUUAGCGAAAAGUUUGAAGCUCUGGCUAACAUGUACAAGAGACUAUUUCCAAAUUUCGAAGUUGAUGUUACUGCUGAACUCACGAGAUAUCGUGAUUAUGCAGAACGGCUUCGUCCCUUGGUUCAGGACACCGUUUCAUUUCUUCACUCGUCGUUGAAGGAAGGAAAAAGCGUUUUGGUUGAGGGUGCUAAUGCUGCAAUGCUAGAUAUUGAUUUUGGUACCUACCCUUACGUUACUAGUAGCAACUGUAGUAUAGGUGGAGUUAUUACCGGUUUAGGUUUACCACCACAAACCAUCGGAGAAGUUAUUGGGGUAGUUAAAGCCUACACAACUCGUGUUGGAGAUGGACCUUUUCCUACCGAACUACAUGAUGAAAUUGGUGCCCUACUGCAGAAACGUGGUUCGGAGAUUGGUGUAACCACCCAACGUGUACGCAGAUGUGGUUGGCUAGACCUUGCAUUGCUUCGAUAUACAGCUAUGGUAAAUGGUUAUACAUCCUUAUGUGUAACGAAACUGGACAUUUUGGAUACAUUAGAGGAGAUAAAAGUUGCUAUAAGUUACAACUUGAAUGGUGAAAAAAUCAAUUAUUUCCCAGGCUCCAUUACCGAUCUGGGCCGAGUGGAUGUAAAUUAUGUUACGGUACCAGGUUGGUCAAAAUCAACGGUAACUGUCCGUGAGUUCAAUGAACUUCCGAAGGAGGCUCAAGAUUACAUCCGAUUAAUUGAGAGCGAUUUAGGCGUACCGGUCAGAUGGAUAGGUGUUGGCAAAGGUCGCGAGUCGAUUAUUAACGUGAAAGAUUAAUACAGGAUUCACAAAAACUCAACAGCCAGCUAUAUGUUAAUGUUAAUUUUCUCCUCCAGGUUAUGCUUAUUGUAUGUCAACUGAAAACAUUGUUUUGAUAUAUCCUAACUGAUGAAUGGUAACAUUUCACCUUCUGUUUAUAACCUUAUAUAAUUUCUCCAAAACCAUCAAAUUGUAAUCUUUAGAUAUAUUGCUUAAUUUCCGAGUAGAACUCGAACCAGUACAUUGGUAAUUCUCGAAACGUACUUUUCAUUGAAACCAAAUUAACAAUCACAAACGUAGCAUGUGACUGGCUGAAAUGCCAUACCAAUGACAUUUUUUAAUGGAUUUGAUGGCAGACUUAAGAGAAGCAACUAUAUAGAGUGUACUGUAGAUAAGAAAGUGGUCGCGUUCAUACCGGCAAAUACUUAACUACUUAUGAAAUAACAAAGUUAUCUAAACAGCAGCAGCACAAACCAGGUAUGUAUUACCUUAUGAAUAGUUCUAAAAAAGUCACUACAACUAUUCAAUUCAAAACAUUGAAAAAUAAAUAUAUACAGCUUAGGUAGGCAGUGCAGUAUCUUUCUUCAGAAACAUCGUAUACACACUAGAAAAAUAUAGUUAACUGUAUGUAAAAUUAGAUUUUAUCAAUUACCGAAAGAUACGCAGCAGGAUUUUAACCAUUAACGAUGAGUGAUAUAAACAAAGGAGGAGCAAAAUUAAAUAUACAAUAACAAAUAAUGCGUGAUUUUGUUCUGUUAAGUUUCCUUUGCCCACUUUGAAACCAGUGUUGUUUUGUCAAAUACAAUUGUAAUA